AUGUUAAAACAGGAGAAACUCUCCCACCUUGAAACAACAACGGAUCUUCUUUUGGCUUGGAAUCCCAUUUGUCUGGGCCUGGUAGAGGGAGUCAUUGGUAAAGUUCAGCUUCAUACAGAUUUACCGUGGUGGCUACUUCUAAUUCGUCAGAAAGCACUGAUUGGCAAACUUCCAGGAGACCGUGAGGUUUGCAAAAUAACAAAGAUUGCAGUGAUUCCACUUUCUGAAACAGAACCUCAGGAUCUGGAAUUAGAGCUUUGUAAGAAGCACCAUUUUGGGAUAAACAAGCCAGAGAAGAUUACACAGUCCCCAGAUGACACAAAAUUUCUGCUGAAGACUCUUACUCAAAUUAAAUCAAAUGUGUCUGCUCCAAAUAAAAAGAAGAUUAAAGAAAGCAAAGAAAAAGAGAAGCUGGAGAAGAGAUUAUUGGAGGAGUUGUUCAAAAUGUUCAUGGAUUCAGACUCCUUUUACUACAGCCUGACCUAUGACCUAACAAAUUCUGUGCAGAGGCAGAGUGUGUGUGAGAAAACUAACUUACCACUGUGGCAAAAAGUUGACGACAGAUUCUUUUGGAACAAGCACAUGAUUGAAGAUCUCAUCAGCAUUGAUAAUGCUGAGGUGGACUUCUGGAUUAUACCCAUCAUACAAGGAUUUGUGCAAAUUGAAGAGCUUGUAGUAAACUAUAGUGAAUCUUCUGAUGAUGAUAAGAGCAGUCCUGAAACUCCUCCUCAGGAAUCAACUUGUGUAGAUGACAUUCAUCCAACAUUUCUGGUGGCACUUAUUUCACGACGGAGUCGUCACAGAGCUGGAAUGCGGUAUAAGCGAAGAGGUGUUGAUAAAAAUGGAAAUGUGGCAAAUUAUGUUGAAACAGAGCAACUGAUUCAUGUUCAUAAUCAUACUCUUUCAUUUAUACAAACAAGAGGCUCUGUGCCUGUUUUCUGGAGCCAAGUUGGUUAUAGAUAUAACCCACGGCCCCGUCUGGACAAGAGUGAAAAGGAAACAGUGUCCUGUUUUCGUGCACACUUUGAAGAACAGCUGAAAAAUUACAGAAAGCAGGUUAUUAUUAAUUUGGUGGAUCAAACAGGCAGAGAGAAGAUUAUCGGAGAUGCUUACCUUAAACAAGUUCUUCUGUACAACAAUGCAAAUCUGACUUAUGUUUCAUUUGACUUCCACGAGCACUGCCGAGGAAUGAAGUUUGAAAAUGUUCAAACACUGACUGAUGCCAUUCAUGAUAUUAUCCUUGACAUGAAGUGGUGCUGGGUUGACCAAGCUGGUGUGAUCUGUAAACAGGAAGGAAUUUUUCGAGUCAACUGCAUGGACUGUCUGGAUCGUACCAAUGUUGUGCAGGCUGCUAUUGCAAGAGUGGUCAUGGAACAGCAGCUCAAAAAACUGGGUGUGAUGCCACCAGAACAGCCUUUGCCGGUAAAAUGCAAUAGAAUCUACCAGAUAAUAUGGGCAAACAAUGGAGAUGCCAUAAGCCGGCAGUAUGCUGGCACAGCAGCCUUAAAGGGCGACUUCACAAGGACUGGUGAAAGAAAGCUGGCAGGGGUAAUGAAAGAUGGAGUUAAUUCUGCAAACAGAUACUACUUGAAUCGUUUCAGGGAUGCUUAUAGGCAAGCAGUCAUAGAUUUGAUGCAGGGUAUCCCUGUAACAGAGGAUCUUUACUCCAUAUUUACAAAAGAGAAAGAGCAUGAAGCCCUGCACAAGGAGAACCUGAGAAGCCAUCAGGAAUUGAUCAGCCAGCUGUUGCAGAGCUACAUGAAACUGCUCUUACCAGAUGAUGAAAAAUUCCAUGGAGGAUGGGCACUUAUUGACUGUGAUCCAAGUCUCACUGAUGCCACUCAUAAGGAUGUGGACGUUCUGCUGUUACUUUCUAAUUCUGCCUACUACAUGGCCUAUUAUGAUGAUGAAAUCGAUAAGGUGAAUCAGUACCAAAGGUUAAGUCUUGAAGCUCUGGAAAAAAUAGAAAUAGGGCCUGAGCCUACUCUCUUUGGCAAACCCAAGUUCUCUUGCAUGAGGCUGCAUUACAAAUAUAAAGAAAUGAGUGGGUAUUUUCACACUCUUAGAGCUGUGGUACGCAAUCCAGAAGAAGAUGGAAAAGACACUCUUCAGUGCAUUGCAGAAAUGCUGAGAAUCACAAAGCAAGCAAUGGGAUUAGAUGUGCCCAUUAUUGAGAAAAAGCUGGAGAGGAAAAGCAGUAAACCUCAUGAAGACAUCAUUGGCAUUCGGUCUCAGAACAGAGGGUCCCUGGCCCAAGGCAAGAAUUAUUUACUGAGCAAGUUCUCAUCUCUCAAUCAAAAAGUGAAACAAACCAAAUCCAAUGUAAACAUCAGUAAUCUUCGGAAAUUGGGCAGCUUUACCAAACCUGAAGUGAAAGUCAAUUUUUUAAAACCAAAUUUGAAAGUGAAUCUUUGGAAAUCAGAUAGUAGCCUUGAAACUUUAGAGAAUCCAGUGGUAGAUACUAAAGUCCAUACCGAAUCCGAUACAGAAGUAUCGGAUAAUGAUUCAUUCCACUCAGAUGACUUCCUUACCAAUUCUAAAUCUGAUGAGGACAAUCAGCUAACUGAAUCCCUAGAUAACAUAGGGCAGGCAGACUACGUGCUGCCUAGCUGUGGUAUCAUUGCCUCAGCCCCACGGCUGGGCAGUAGGUCCCAGUCUGUAAGCAGCACUGACAUGAACAUUAGCAUCCAUGUUCCGUCCGAGAUCUGUGUCUCUCAGGCUAGCUGGUCUGACUGUACAGGUGUACACAUGCCUUCUGCUGACAAUGCGGAGAUGGAAUUUGCUAAACCCAUUGAUGUGUACUGCCAGAGGUUUGUGCAUGAUGCUCAAAACAAGAUGUCAGGUAUUUUGGAAGCUGAGGCUGGUUCUCAGGAGCCCCAUCAUGUAAUAAAUCAAACCAGCAAUAGUACAUCUAAGAAGGCAGAAACCAAGGCGGAAGCUAUGGGAGACAUUCCUUCCAGGCCAUCUAAGUUGGAUGUACAGUCGUCUGAGCCAAAUUCUCAGCUCUUAGCUGUUGGUGGUACUGACUUCACUAAAUCUCAUAAAAGCCCAGGAUCUGUAUCAGGUAACUUUGAGGCGGAACUCCACAUGACGCCUUCUCCAGCUGACAGUAGCAGCAGCAGAGCUGUCUCUCCUUUUGCUAAAAUUCGCAGUUCCAUGGUCCAGGUUGCUAACAUCACACAAGCAGGAUUGACUCAAGGGAUUAAUUUUGCUGUGGCAAAGGUCCAGAAGAGCCCUGCAGAACCAGAAGUGAUAAAUGAAAUGAAACAAAAAGAACUGAAAGAAAUGUUUAUGCAAUGCCAGACACGAAUAAUUCAAAUCUAGUUGCUAAUUUAGGGACUGGUCUUCUAAUUGUGGCUUUUAAUACAAUACUAAAAUUACAUCAGGACUCAUUGUGGCAUCAACUGCUACUGAAUACUGGGAUCAAUAACAUAGAUAACUUGUUUACAGGAAGUGAGAGAUGCGAAUGAAUUUGGUUCUGACCAAGCUUCAGAAUUCCCUCAGGCAGCUGAGACAAAAGAAUGGUAAACCAUAUUUAAGCAGGUAGCUUAGACACUGGGAUUUAAUAAGCAUGCUCUCAGUCUUAAACGUGUUGCACAGUUAUUUUUGGAGACUAAUUUUGUAGCUCUUCUGACUUAUGUAGAAAGUAUUUAUACUAAAAACGUAAUAGUGCACUUCUCUGACCUUACUUACCUUGCACUGCACCAGCAAAAUAACUUACCGGUAAAUUAAAUUUUAUUUAUUUUUGGACUAGUAUUUUUACUUGUUUCCAUUAAAGUUUUAGAUGCAGCUUUCUAUGAACUGUGCCUCUACGAUGGGAAUUGAUGUGGUUUUGUUGAAUUUAAUUAUGUUAACCAGAAAUGAAGAUUUCUUUUCGCUGUCCUUUUCUUUCCACACAUCCUGGAAGUAUAAAGCCUAUAGAUCCAAUCUGAAAUAUCCACAAUCCUACAGUGCAAAUUUAGUUUAUAGGUUUGGGGGUUUUUUUCUCACUUGUUUUGAGGUGAGGGGAAAUGGAGCAACUGUUGUCUAAUUUCUUGCCUGUGCUAAAUCCCUUCCUGUUUCCUUUUUUCCAAAUUCCAAAUGCUGGCAAUUUGCUCUAAUUUUUUUGUCUCUGUGUAAAGCAAGACAAGCCUCAGGCAUUAUGUCCCUCUGUGCUAUAUUCUAACUGUCUAGGUGUGAAAGUCCAAAUAACUUCUAAAACAGAAGGCAAGUGUAAUGUUUCAUAAAAUCAGUGUUUCAUUAGAGCAUAGCUGUCAGUGCCUAAUCAAAACCAAAUUCAUUACCAACUCAAGCUUUGCACACUUGCAGGAUAAGGCUAAGCAUCUGCUCAUGCUGGGAACUGGAUAUAAAAAAAACACAAACACAACCCACCCUUGUGUGUCAAAAGAUUAAAUCUAUCUAAAUUACUCUUCCCAGAAAUGCCUUGCCAUGCUGCUCUAGUAUAGGACAUUAUCCAAAAGCUACCACAAAGCAGGAUCUUACCAUGCUGUGGUUUGUAAGGACAACCCUCAUGGACCCAGCACCUCUGUGUUCUAGGCCAUGUACUGUAGAUAGGCUGCACGUGAUGUUCCAAGAAAAUAGCGUUGUGGGUAGUACUGUGUCUUAGGACUUCUAGUGUGUCUGAAAUGAUUAUUGUCUAACCCUGAUGAUCUGAAACUUUGAUAAACAAAUCUGACUUACUUAUUUAUUACAGUGAUGUGGGUUUGGGUUUUUUGAGUGUCUACUUGUGGCUAUAUUUAAAAUUAAACUGCUGUAUUUUAAUGUGAGCAAUAUACAUGAGAUAUUUUAAUAAAAAAAGUGGAAUCCAAAGAUGGUUUUUGGCAUGUGAUGGUAAGGGAUGUGGUUCUCCAGGGCUCUGGGGGUUUAAGUCCCAGGGGUGGGUUGUCUUGACUUUCUCUGGCUGAAGAGGCACAGAUUGCAGAAGGGCUGAGGCUGGCAGGGUCUGCUGGGUGUUACCUUGUCCAAUCCCCAGGUAGCUGUUGAGUAUCUCCAAUGAUGGAGACUCCACUACUGCUCCAGGCACCCUCUUCUAGUGCUCAGUUGCUCUCAUGGUGAAAAAGUGGUUCCUGAUGUUCAGAGGGAACUUCAUGUGUCUCUGUGCCUGUGGCCACCACUGGCAAGAGCCUGGCUCUGCCCCUGUGCAGCUGCCCUUCAGGCACUAGAGAUUUUAGUAAGAAAGAUCCCUGCCUGACUUUGGUCCUUCAUCCUUUUCUUCUAGCAUUGCACUGCUACAGGCCUGGCCUUGGGGGAAAGAAAAAAAAAGUCAUAGCCACAUUUAUGAGGACAGUCCUUAAACACUGCCUUGGUACUUACUUACAGAGGUUCUGGAGGAAGGAGAGGAAAUUCCAAAUACUUCACCAUUAUUCUGGUAGAAGAAAUGGAUCUGUACAAAUACAUAGUGACUUCUACAGUCUAAAAUUAGAGUCCUUUAGGGUUCUACUAAUAGCCAUAAGGUCAAUCCUAUAUUUAAAAAAAAAAAUGUGGUUUACUCCACUGUCUAGGGCAUAUCUUCCUGGAAACUAAUUCCUGAUCUGCUAUGUUGGUUCAUUGCUUUCUGUGCAGUGAGUCCUGCCAGCUUGUGAAUUGUCCAAUACUUAAAAAUAUUUGAAACAGUUUCAAAGAGUCUGUAGCAAUGUGCAUAAACCCAUCCUCUAAGCAGCACUGAAAGAAAAUCUUGCAAACCAAUGCUGCAUUCCAGCCAGGCUGCCUUUUCAAGAGAGUCUUAGUUUUCUUCCUACAUUUGUUCAGUUGCUUAACAUCACAUUAACAUAGCACCAAGUCAGAUGAAACCAUGAAUAGUCAUUUUAGUGUUCAAAAAAACAGAAUAAGCUGCAAGUGAUUUGAAAGGGCAUCAAACUUGAGCCCAGUUUAAGAUAUGCAAAAGUUAUCAUAAUAAAGUCAUUAUUAGUGUGCAGAGAUGAAAAGGACAGGUUCAGAGUGGCUGUGCAGCAAAAAACAAUGUCAUGUUUAGACUAGGAAAAAUGCAGUAAAAAAAAAGGGUGGGCCUGUUCACACAAUCUCGGUCAUCAGAAAGCACUAAGUAAAGGUGGUGUCAGCUUGAUGUAAAUUUGGUAAGAGCCUUUUUUUCUUGUUCAGAAGAGGAUGAAUUGAAGCAAAAUCUAGAACUGGCUCCAUCAGUGACUCCUGUAGGCUGGCUGUAUGAGGGCAGCCCUACAUAAUAUGACAUAGUCUGUCUGGGUUACUCUGACUCCAUAUUGGUUUAAUGUUUUGCUACUUAAACCAGCCUUGUUAAACUAGUUCUGCAAGUCCUGUUAGGGACAGUACAUCCUCCAAGAACCAGCUAGAACCAUACAGCAUAAAUGAGAUAUGUAGAGACCAUUCUUAAUGCUUAAUUGCUAUUAUUCAAACACUUUAAAACACACUGCAUUACUGGUAUGUAUAUGACUUAAUACCAAUUCUGCAGUCAAUGUAAAGCUCAUUAGAGAGGCUUGAGAAGUUAGUCAAGGUCUUCUCAAAGUACAAUAAAAACGUAUGUCAUACUGGAACCUCGUCAUGCAUAAGACCAAAUCACUUCUUUCUACCACAGUGUAAUCACUACUAUGCUGCCACUACAAGCUCAACAGGCCUUUGCUCAUGGCAACAACAGGACACAGGUAUCUAUCCUGAAGCCAGUGUUUCUUUCAGCUGCACCUUCUGGUUUGCUGAAACCUCUGAUCCUCAAAAUUCAGCCAUUCAA